AUGUGCAUAUACAAAACCCUUGUAUAUCAGUGUAUCUUGUCCCCCGGCUCCCCCGCAGGCGCCCUGGGGAUCGACUGCUUCAAGUGCGUGUCCGUGAACGGCGACAACCCGGGCUGCGAGGACCCCUUCCACAACAACUUCACCGUCGGCAUGCUCGAGAGCCCCUGCAUGGCCGGGCGCAAGGGCAGGGAGGGCCUCUUCCCUGCCACCGCCUGCAUCAAGCUGGCAGGGAUCUAUGACGACAACGGCCAGACCUUGAUUAUCCGGGACUGCACGGUGGACUCGGGCUCGCUCACCCUGGACACGGAGUUGGCGAGGAUGUCCCACUGUGGGGCCUUUGUGCUCUCCGGCAGGUAUGUGAAGGGCUGCCUCCAGAGCUGCGACGACUCCGAAGGAUGCAACGGCGCCCCUUCCUCCUCCAACGGCGCCUCCUUCGUCACAGUGCUCGCGUCCUUGGCUUUCCUUCAGGUCCUGAGGAUCUCGUAGCCCCGUCUUGGCGUCGUUGCUCCUCCUCUGGGUCCUUCGUCGGCGUCUGAACAACAGUGUCUGAUCUACAAGGCGACCGGAGGACAUUUUUUUCCCCUUCUGCAUGAGAGAGAGUGAGAGACAGAGGCAGAAAGCAAAAGAGAGCAUCUGCUUUGUCUCUGUCUCCGUUUCGGAACUGCAAGUCUGAAAGAAUCUUCAUAUAUAUUUUUUCCUCUCUUCGUCCUCCUCUUGUUAUGGUUCUUGAGAGUUACGGUGGAUAUUGUUUCUAAAAUCUACCACAAAAAGAGAUGAGAAGAGAAACUUUGUGUGGAACUCUCUGCUCCCAUGUGGACCGGUGUUUCUUAAUAGCAUAGAUUUAUAGGCAGCAGAAACAGAACAAAGUUGUUAUACAAAUUUCACCUUUCAUCCUUGUCCUCAGAGGCAAAAAGUGCUAUAGCCGAUGCCAGUCUGGCAGUCUGGUUUGUGUAUGAAGUAGGUGAUGAGUCUGAAGCUAAUUCGAAAGGGAAUGAACCACAUAUAACCUGCUUAGGUUACCAUAAUAAUCACUUUGAUGUUUAAUUUUAGAAUUACUAUAAUAUAAGAGGCAACACAACUUUCUCUCCAGAAAGUAUAGAUUGUUAAGAUUAUUUGUCCUUGAACUGUAUAUACAUAUAUAAAAAAGAAAAACAAAAAAAGAAAAAAAAAAUUCAAUGGUUUCUCUCACUGAAUGCAUAUGUCAUGAAUUUCAGACGCUGUAUGCUUUGUCACUCAAUCUUGGAGCUUUCUUGCUUUAACUUGCUUUACUGUCAUGUUCAAAAAAGUAACCAAUUCAUGUAUUAACUCGUCCAGUCGUUUGAACGUGUGUUGAACAUUUUCAAACCUCUGGACUUAUCAACCGUUAGUGAAUAAACGUUCACUCUAUAUCAGCUAUGCUAUUGAGCAUAACUAAUAUAGCUCCGGGAAAGAUGAUCAUCAUUAUAGCACCUUUAUAGAUGAAGAAAAAAAUCCUUUGCACUAAUUCCAAGAAAAAUUUAAACCAUAUAGUCGAACUUACGAACCACACUCUAGCCAUGUCGCGUACGUCAACACUGCUUCACUAGCUUUAUAUCACUAAACAAACACUCCCAUUUGAACUGCAGAUCACGUAGCAAACACUAAGUUAAAUGGAGGCCGCCAGCGAUCAUAACAACUGCAGAUAACAAGCACUCAUAACAGCCCUUUCAGCAAGCACAUGGCACUUGGGCGCGACCGCUAGAGUGUUGCUGACUAGGCUUCGACACUUCAUAGAAAUUUCCGUUUGUUGUCUGUUUGUUUACUGGGGAUACUAAACAACAGAGAACUAUAACGGGAAGGAUGAAGGUAAAAAUUAUUCAUUAUUCAUUUUUAUUUUACGUUUUACUGACUUGAUUUUGUUUACAGGUAGAGAUAAGUGAAUACGAACACACACGAAAAAGGGAAUAAAACGUGUUUAUUGCUAUUUUUUUCUCCGUGAACAAGCUAGUUAGACCGUUUUAAGGAGUCACUUUUCAGUCCAUGAAUCACUUUAACGGGCGUCAGUCGAGGUCACUGUAAGCUUUUUGACCUCGGACCGGCGUCAAUUGGUGAGCUAUGAAAGGAAAAAAAACUAACAAACAAAAACAAGAAAAAAACUGUAUUUGGAACCUGCUAUAGUAGCCGUGAUGCAUACUGAGACAGACCAUAUAUGUAGAGAGAUAUCGAUAUAUGCGUGAAUAUAUAUAUAUAAAAUGAAUACAUAUAUCAAUAUUUAUCAUAUCACGAGAAUUAACUUAGAACACGAUAACAAACUUUUAAUAACCACAUAAUAGUCACUAGUUUCUAAAGUAGAGCGUGGACUGACACUGUACCACAUACUGUAUUUAUAUCAUAUAAAAUUUUUAGCUCUUAGCGGAUACAGUCGUCGCACCUCGAUAGAGUUUACUUGGCAACAAAUACAACAAGUAUCUUUAUAGAGUAGCAAAAACUAACUUAGAGAUUAUAGCUAAACCCCUCGCUUUAUUUGGUACUGCUUUAGCAAUAGAUGUGCAGUGGUGUCACACACAUAUGCUUCUUAAGAAAAAGACAUUCAAUCUAGGAGAGAAAAUAACAAUAACAACAAAUUACCCCCAAAAAUAGGAUGGGAAAGAACGACAAGCUUAUAAUACAGUUGAGUCCUGUAUACUUACCAUGCAUAUACACCCACAUAGCGUAUAUAAAUGACAGUUCCAUAGCAACCAAAAUUGGUUUUAUAUGGUGUCUGAACUUCAUAUAUUUGUACUUUGAAAAUACAGAGGAUAUUAUUCAA